CGAUAUCUCAGCUCAGUAGCUCUUCGACGAUCGAUCGGUGUACACAUCGUCCGGUCGAAACCUUCUCCUGUAGGUAUAUAUCGGUUUUUAAUAAGCAGCACACGUCGCGUGAAUUUCCGGACCAAAAUGAAAUCCGUCAUCUGCGUCGUCUUCCUCUUCGCUCUCUCGAUCCGAGCUGACACUUACCUAUCGGCGAUUCCAUGCAGGAACGACGAGGGCUGCAACAUAAUCCUCGCGCAGCCGUCGAGGCCGAUAUGCCUCAAUGGGAUCUGCAUGUGCCCGAAUAUCACGACGAAGAUGUACCAGCACUGCUCCAACAAGGACAUCGUCGUUAGUGCACGGUUUAAUGGCGAGGACCGGAGAUGCUCCAUCGACAUGGACUGCAGGCACAUCAUAGGCGCCAAGUGCUUCAAGUCGGAUAAGGAUAUCGAGAAACUCGGCACCUGCGACUGUCAAAACCACAUGGUGAUGAGCGACAACAACCAACACUGUCUCCAAAUAGCGAACGAAGUGAUGGACAAGUGUAACGAGACGAUACAGUGCACCAUGGGUCUGAAAGGUGCCGAGUGCAAUGAGGGCAUCUGCCGAUGCUGGGCCGACUACCACUAUGCCUACACGAAAAAGCGCUGCAUUCCUAAUAAAGCAUACGGAGAAACGUGUACCCAUGAGGAGGAGAGCUGCUACCAAUUGGCGGCGCCGGCCAACGUCAACGCUUUGGGAUGUUCCGACAAAAAUGUUUGCACGUGCAGGAAGAACUUCCGCUUCGUCGGUGGCCUUUGCCAAGCUUCAGGUUACGUCGCAAGUGCCACACGAACAGUGAUUCAACUUUUGCUAGUCGCAGCGACGGCGAUAUUCGCCAUCUUAAUGUUCUGAUCAAACGAAAAUCGAACAAUUAUCGUUUAUUAGUAGACUUUUAAUGAUAUUUGUGUUGCAAUUGUGCGUCGCGUUUUCGAAGGUUUUAUUCGUUCUGUAUCGGCGAUUGCGUUUACUUUACCUUUGUGCGAGUUUUAUUAUUGUAAGUGUUCAUCAUUUAUUUAUCGUACUUUAAUCGCCAUGGCUCUUGUACUCAAGUAUUAUUUAUUGUUAAGAGUUUCGUGCCAUAUACUUAUUUGUUUUAAAAAGAAAAAAUCGUUCAUCAAACAUGUUAUUGUUAUACAAGUUAAGUUUACCGAAUUGUUUUACCGAAAUAUAUAAGUUCGUUUUUUAAAACUGCA